AUGGCAUGUAAAAAAUUAUUUUCUGGGGUUUUACCGGAAAUAACAAAUUAUAUCAUACAAUUUUUACGUGAUCAUUUAAGGUCACUUUAUUCAUGCGUAUUAGUCAAUAGGCAUUUAUUUUGGAUUACAAUUCCCAUACUUUGGGAAGAUCCUUUUUACAUUAUGAGGAAUAGUAAAUUUCUGACUACUUAUUUAUUAUUUCUUAAUGAUGAGGAUAAAGCAAGGUUAAAAGGAUUAAUUUUUCCAUCAUCAUUUAAAAAACCUUUAUUAAAUUACCCCAGCUUUAUUAAAACUUUAAAUCAACUCCGAAUGCAAGAGCAUGUAACAGAAUUUAUUGAAAAUUUAAUUGAUACCAACCCUUUAACAACAGAUUUUACGAUAAGCCUAUUUCAUAAUGAACAUGCAAAGCUACUCGAUCUAUUAAGCACUAUUUGUGAAUUAUUAUUUAAAUUAUUUAUAAGUAAUGACAUUUCUUUAAAUAGUUUAUAUAUAAAAAUUUGUCAUAGUCAACAUGCUCUUAAUGUUAUGAUUUUCAAUGAAAUAUGCAAGAAACCUAAAUUUUUAUCAGACAUCAAAUAUUUUACAUUAGAUUUUGACAGGAGUAAAGUUAUCCCUCAUUUACCGAUACCUUCCUUCGAGGACUCCCCAUCAGCGAUAACUUCAAACAAGCAUUUUACAAUUUAUUUUAGUUUGAAAGAGAACUUAUCUGAGAGGAAUUUUAAAUAUUUGAUUAAAUCACAAACGCAACUUUUAUCCCUUACACUUUAUACUAUAUCAUCAAAAGUAGCUUACUUAAUGAGUGCUUUGAAGUAUUGUUCUAAUACUUUAACAUCAAUCAAGUUUAUUUUGUGUAAUUUUAACGACAUGCCAUCAUUGAAUGGACUUAACUACCUUGUACACCUUGAAUCACUUCAAUUCAAACAAUGCAAAGGGAUAACAGUUCAGGUUUUUCGACCCUUACUUGACAUUUCUACUCCACUAAAAAUCAAAACUUUAACACUAGAUGGUUUAAGUAUGGAAAUUACUUUUAUUCAAUCAUUGUUUCAAAAAAUCGGUUCUUUUCUGGAAAAUUUGGAAAUAAAACUUGUGAUUGAAAGAAAAAUCAUUUAUGAAAGUAUUAUCAAUCAUUGUAAUAAAGUUCAAUUUCUCCAUAUAUCUGAGAUUGAACAUGUGGACAUAGUUCAGUUGUUUAAAUUAAUCACUCACGUUCGCAAACAUCUCAAAUAUCUUUCGCUUCAAAUUCGGAAUCAUCGUCAACCUUGUCUUAUUGAGUCGGACUAUGACGAUCAACAACUAAGAGUUAGUUCCAUGAUCUUGACAAAUUUGGGUCAAAUCUUACCAGAUACUUUGAAAUAUUUAGAAUUAAAACUUGAAAUUGAUCCAAUCAACUUGAAAAUCUUUUUGGAUAAUUGCAAACACAUUGUUGGUUUGAACAGUCUACUGGUUAUUAAUAAAUCCCAAAAUGAUAUUAUUUUUGAUGUUUUAAAAGAAUUUGUAAGGGAGAAAAGGUAA